AUGGUUUGCCUAUUCUAUCUUUCACUUGUUAUGCUUAUUGGUAUGAAUAUGGCCUUUAUUCAUAAUGAUAUUAAAUUUCAAAAACAUCAUAUGAAUCGAUUAUUUCGAAGUAAUGAAGAACAACGUGCUCUUCGAAAUAUUAUGGGAAAAUUAAUUGAUACUGAAACAAAUACAAUUUAUAGUAUAGACGGUCAGAAACAACACGGCUCAUCAUCAUCAAAUGUAGCAAAAUCGGAUGCAUCAACAUCAAUUGGUCUAUCGCCGAGAUUUAUUGAAGAUUUAGCUUGUCUCGAAGCAUGCUACAAAUGUGUUGAAGAUUAUCCAUUUGCUUCUCGUAAAAAGAAGGCAGCCGAUAAUUGUGGUCCAAUGUGCGAUUGUGCUGAUAGUUGCAAUCGUAUGCCAAUCGAACAAAUUGAUAAAAUCUACGGACAAAGCGCUUCAGCACGAGGUGGUAAAGAUUGCUUUUUACAAACAUAUACUCAAUCACUCAAGAGUGAAGUACCAUCAUUUAUAUAA